CUCCAAGCUGACAGCCAGUGCUCUCAAUCAGCGAUCUUAGCCUGUCUCAUUUCUACUGCCGUUGUAGGCGUAGAAAUACUACGCUCACACAUAAUGCCAACCACCAAGCUCGAAAACCUCCCUCCAGAGGUGUUGACUGCAAUCUGUACCUCGUUUGGAGACGACCGUGCGGGACUCUUGUCAAUCUCUCAGGUCUCGAAGUACCUGCGGGCAAUAUCAGUCCCCGUCAUAUUCAAACACAUUACCAUCGCUACAAGUACUGGGAGACGUCGACCUCGAAGAUCUAGUCGUCGUCCGACUCGUGAUACCCGAGCGAGUUUACUACGCACCAUAGUCACCAAUCCAUCGAUCGCCGCGCAUGUCUCUAAUGUCUACUGUCCAUCAUCACGGGGCGUCGUGCCUAGCAUAGACGAGGAAGACAUGGACUUCAUCCUUCAGACAGCCUCAAAAUUCGAUGUCCCGAUUCCAGAAUUACUCCGCUUCGGCGGUGCUGACCCAGCUCUUGAGGGUAGGCGUGGCUGGGCCCUCAGUGAUGACGAUAUGCAACGCCUCGUCGCUGUGCGCGCAUUCUUCGCAGAACUCAUUAUAGCACAUACGCCCAAUAUUGUCACACUAGACUAUAGUAUAGGCCGCUACCGGAAUGCCCUCGAAGUGUUAGGGAUGGUCCAGGCUUCAUCCUCUUUCAACCGUCAGCCGAUGUUUCCUGUGCUGAGAAACGUCCGCUUGCAGCUAUUUGGGCCCGGAAUCUUCCUCAGAACGCUACCUGCGAUGGCUCCCAAUCUCCAAACACUCCGGAUUCAGGGAUUAACUGCACCAAUGGAAACCUGGCACUUCGAUAGGGUCAAGGAUCUCCGAUUAACCUCAUCAAAUUUUACGGGCCCUGAGCUCAGGACCGUCUUGACAGGGUGUCCCGCUUUGACGAACUUUGACUACGACUACUAUUCUCUCAGAGACGAGAGAUGUGCUCCGCAAGAUGUAGUUGAUGCUUUGGGGGGCUUUGAAACACAGUUGGAGGGCCUCUCCUUGAACUUUCACUUCGACACAUGGACAGGCCGUGGACAGGAGCCAUUGCCUACAGAUUCAAAUGAGCCUAACUCUGGGCUUAUAGUGUCUUUAAAGCAUUUCACGGCCUUGGUCAAUCUUCAGCUGGACAGUGUGUGCUUAUGGAAAGACACAGGCAAGGAGUCAACAGGCGAGGAUCAAGAAAGUGAGACGGAACAAAUAUUCAUAAACCUUCUACCAAGGGCUGUAAGGAACUUGCGUCUCACCUACAAGAGCCCGGAGCCGUUUGAGGAUGCGCUACCCGCCCUUGCGCACCAUCUCAAGGAUCGCUGCCCCGAGUUACAGCAAGUUCACAACAAACUGCUUUUCGAUGGACCAUUAUCUCAAGACCUCCUGGACCGGCUCCGGCAUGUCAGGGAACAGUUUGUUUCACUUGGUGUUGCUUUUAGAUUCGAUGUUUCUAGGUUAAACGGUUGUGUUUAUGUCAACUUGGAUGAUGGGGGUUUGCCGGUUUCCAUCGAGACAAUGACUGAAGAGGAAUGGAUUCUUUCCGAGUUAGGUUGAUAUGGAUACCAUUGAAUCAUUUGCGUAUGAGGAGUGGAUGCCUAAUCUUGUUUUCAGCGUCAGCGUCUUUUUUAGGAGAUACCUCCCCAUGUCAGAAUUCAGCAUGCUAGGAGGAUCAGAGAUGAGCGAAAGGCAUAUCAGGAGUGUUCAAGAAGCACCGGAAGCAGCUUUCACCUAGCUUAGGGCCAUCUUGACUGUCAAUUACUCAUUAGGAAGUAGGAUCGUGUUCUUUGGGAAGACUCACCAAAAGCCUGUGAGAAAC